UAAAUAGAAUGAAUUAAAAAUAAACUUUUUGUAAUAACUGAAGUUUGUGUGUCCUCGAAUCUGAUUUGCUUGGGGAAUUCUACAUACAUGCUAUCUACAUACAUACUAUCUCCGGAUGUAGACUGGUUUGUAAGUGGCAUGCUUACUGAACCCUGUUAUUUUCUUAAGCCUGAUACAGUUUCUCUAACUCCAAAAUGCUUCCCUGAAAUCUCAAGUUAGUUUCAGGACAAGGAUGGUUCCUGUCCAUGGCAUAUAUCUAAAAAUGAGAAAUAACUUUAAGAUGUAAGAAUUAUCUUCUCCUAAACUUCAUACAGAAUUGAAACAUUGUAGAAGUUUUACUCAGUUUCAAGACUUGGAUGGAAUAAUUUUUGCCUUAUAAAUAUAAGAGUAAGUGAUAGUAAACCAGUGAAAAGGACUCCAUAGGCCCCCCUGUGAAACAGCAGCACAAGCCUUUCAGGCCAGUCUGACGACCUUUUUCAGAGUAGAGCAACCAGAGAGACUCGGCCACAUGAUGGAAAGUGCAGAUGGAGUGUUUUGCAUGAAAACCGAUUAUGUAUGAGGGGGCUCAGGAGAGGAUCGAAGUAGAAUUGGAAAGGAGCAGCCACUGAAACAGGAGAAGAUAUGCUUGACCAGGUCUAGUAAAAUAUUCCCUGCCACAACCACUGUUCCAUGAAGAGACUGAGCCAAGAGGCCUGAAUAAACUAACCUGGGGUUCAGUGUUACCAUUAUUGUGGGAGGCAUCACUGAGAGCACAUCCGGACUUGUGUUACACAGUAAUCACUGCUGGGUGUCAGCAUUCAUCAGCCAGAUGGUCAGACCCACAAUUAAUCAAUUAGGCUGGGACGAUCAACUGGACUAAGUUUUCCCCUUUGGUAAAAAAGCCUCAUCAUGUGGUCAAGGCCAAUAGCACUUUUAUCCUGUUGCUUUUGGAGUAACUUCUAAAAAUUCCCUCUUUUUUUUUUUUUAAGGCCUCUGGUUACUGGACAUUGUCAAGCUCCAAGUUCCUUUGAUAACAGAGUUCCCAAUCAAGGUUUUCACAUAAUAGAUCAUCAGCAUCCCCUGUAUUCACAUUAUAACACUGAAUAUCCCAUACAAAAACAAGCUCUUCAAAGCAGCAUGCUAAGCAGUACAUUCAACUGAUCUGCUGUAUAUUUCUUCUGGUUCUACUCAAUCUGGUGGAACACCAAUGGCAGAGCUUCUCUGACUGGGCACUCAUAAAGGUGAUAAAAUGAUCUAAGAAAGCUAGUGAUAAAAGUAGUUUAUGGUACACUCAGUAUCAGACAGACAUGCUAUGACAAAAAUAAAUACCAACUCAACCUUUAUAUGAGUUGGGAUGAUACAGUCACCCCCCCCCCUUCAAAGAGAAGGAAACAGACUAGGAAAUUCAUUGAACAUGUGAUAGGAUACUCUACAUGAUAUGCCAUGGGAUAGAAGCUAUAUAUCCUGCCUUGCAUAUUUUAUUAACAUACACAAACUUGUGCAUCUAAGGGAUAAAAGCUAAGAAUGUGUUCUAGAUCUGUGUGGCUCUCCUUCAAACUUCAAGUUCUUUACUAGUGUUUUUCUAGUCUGGUGGCUCAUUCUGCUUCCCAUGCCACACAGAUCCAAACCAGCACCUUUCCCCUUUCAUGUUGAGAAUUCCCAGUCUCCACCUCAGUAGCCUUAUCUAGAUAUGAUAUCUUUCAGUCUAUUUUAGGUAGUUUUUAUCAGUUGAUUUAUAGCACAGCUUGCCUCUCCAUCACUGAUUUAUUUUUUUACCCCUCCUUAAAUUUUACCCCUCCUUUCAUUUUGGCUUACCUCUAGCUCUGUUGUACUGUACACUACAGGAGUGAUGCUUCAGAACCCUGGUGGUCACGUCUAACAGAGUCCUGUAUACUAUACAUGUUGGGUAGAACUACAGACACAAUGCAGUGGUCCCUGUGUGUACUGUUGAACUUGCUGUGUCUCUUUCCCCUUAGCUCUUUUCUGUCAGACUUGAUGUAGGAAGUGCUUCUACUUUAAUGCUUUUUGUGCAACUUAUAUAAAGAUACAGUUAGCCCAAAUAUCCAUCUUUGAUGUAUCAGUUACUCUUACAAUUACAAUGCUUUAUAGAGUAUAUUACUUUUCUAUAUAACUGCUAUAUUUGCUUUUUUGUUUUGCUACUUAGCAAUUGGAAAACAUAUCAGAACUCCCUGUUUUUACUUGAACUUAUAGCACAUGAAUAAAUAGGUGCUGAUGUAGUAAUAGUAACCAGCAUGCUUUAGCCUUCAGAGUCGGUUUUGUUCUUAUGAUGCUGCCAUUGUUUCUUGCAGUUUUAUAUUCUUUACUCUCGAGCUAAUGAGGCUCUUUCAUUGUGACCUGCAAUAUCCUGUAUAUUACACAGUUGAGUCCUGCCAUCUAGGCUGGCUUUCUGCUUCAUUUUGCUCCUGACCUGCCUCCCCCACCCCCAACAUACACACACACACACACACACACACACACACACACACACACACACACACACACACACACACACACACACACACCAAUGCUAUUCCAGGCCUGGCCUCUCAUGACCAGAGACUGCUGACUCAUCCUGGCCUGUGCCAAGCUGUGCAGUCGCUUAGUGAUGUGGACAGGAGUCGAAGGACUAGAAUGAGCUCACUGAACUCAUUUCACUUGUUGCUUACGGUACAGUCCAGCAUGAGCUGGAAAUGUAGGAACCUCAGCCUCCCGAGCAGAAAGACCCCUUGACCACCAGUCUGUUGCCUGUUACUGCUCUUCAUUUUUAAAUACACACCAAUGCAAUCUUCUGAAUGGCCACAGGUAAGGCUGUCGGCUUGUGGGAUUCUUCUCUGAGGCACCUUCAGUGAGUCUCCUCAGUGUUCCAGAAGGGAAAAGGGCAGGAGCUGAGUUCAGACCUGGAUACCCUUCUAACUAUCCUAGAGAAAAAGGGAAAUUCCCUCUAAGGCUUGCACACUGUACUUAGGAUGCAGCCACUCUCUGUCCCCUGCCCCAAUGAACAUCUGCACUAGGCCCAAGCCUUGGAGUGAUUUACCUGAAGAGUGACACCAAUUAUCUGGAAACUACUAUGAGGAAACUGAAGCCCAGAGAGGUGAAGUGAGGUGCCCAAAGCCACACAGCAAGUUGCAGGCACAGCUAGUUCCGUAGCUCAAGUCUCCUGACUCCCAGUCCAGUGCUCUUCCCAUUACUCCACGGGUCCUGUCUCUAAGCUUCCUGACAAAUGCUAGAACGGAAGAAACCCAAGACAGCUGAAAACCAGAAGGCAUCUGAGGAGAAUGAGAUUACUCAGCCGGGUGGAUCCAGCGCCAAGCCGGGCCUUCCCUGCCUGAACUUUGAAGCUGUUUUGUCUCCAGACCCAGCCCUCAUCCACUCAACACAUUCACUGACAAACUCUCACGCUCACACCGGGUCAUCUGAUUGUGACAUUAGUUGCAAGGGGAUGACCGAGCGCAUUCACAGCAUCAACCUUCACAACUUCAGCAAUUCCGUGCUCGAGACCCUCAACGAGCAGCGCAACCGUGGCCACUUCUGUGACGUGACGGUUCGCAUCCACGGGAGCAUGCUGCGCGCACAUCGCUGCGUGCUGGCAGCAGGCAGCCCCUUCUUCCAAGACAAGCUGCUGCUGGGCUACAGCGACAUCGAAAUCCCGUCGGUGGUGUCCGUACAGUCAGUGCAAAAGCUCAUUGACUUCAUGUACAGCGGUGUGCUGAGAGUCUCACAGUCGGAAGCUCUGCAGAUCCUCACAGCCGCCAGCAUCCUGCAGAUCAAAACAGUCAUAGAUGAGUGCACACGCAUCGUGUCACAAAACGUGGGCGAUGUGUUCCCAGGCAUCCAGGAUUCUGGCCAGGACACGCCAAGAGGCACACCAGAGUCAGGCACAUCUGGCCAGAGCAGUGACACGGAAUCAGGCUACCUACAGAGUCACCCACAGCACAGUGUGGACCGAAUCUACUCCGCACUCUACGCUUGCUCCAUGCAGAAUGGCAGCGGCGAGCGCUCCUUUUACAGUGGUGCAGUGGUCAGCCACCACGAAACUGCUCUCGGCCUGCCCCGUGACCAUCACAUGGAAGACCCCAGCUGGAUCACACGCAUUCAUGAGCGCUCGCAGCAAAUGGAGCGCUACCUGUCCACCACCCCUGAGACCACGCACUGCCGCAAGCAGCCCCGGCCUGUGCGCAUCCAGACCCUGGUGGGCAACAUCCACAUCAAGCAGGAAAUGGAAGAUGACUAUGACUACUAUGGGCAGCAAAGGGUGCAGAUCCUAGAACGCAAUGAAUCCGAGGAGUGCACAGAAGACACUGACCAGGCAGAGGGCACAGAGAGCGAGCCCAAAGGUGAAAGCUUUGAUUCUGGGGUCAGCUCCUCCAUCGGCACCGAGCCUGAUUCAGUGGAGCAACAGUUUGGGGCUGCAGCCACAAGGGACAGUCAGGCGGAACCCGCCCAACCUGAACAGGCAGCAGAAGCCCCAGCUGAGAGCAGUGCCCAGCCAAACCAACUAGAAACAGGUGCCUCCUCUCCCGAAAGAAGCAACGAGGCGGAGAUGGACAAUACAGUCAUCACUGUCAGUAACAGCUCCGAUAAGGGCGUCCUACAGCAGCCUUCAGUCAACACAUCCAUCGGGCAGCCAUUGCCAAGUACCCAGCUCUAUUUACGCCAGACAGAAACCCUCACCAGCAACCUGAGGAUGCCUCUGACCUUGACCAGCAACACACAGGUCAUUGGCACCGCUGGCAACACCUAUCUGCCAGCCCUCUUCACUACCCAGCCCGCGGGCAGUGGCCCCAAGCCUUUUCUUUUCAGCCUGCCGCAGCCCCUGACAGGCCAGCAGACCCAGUUUGUGACAGUGUCCCAGCCCGGCCUGUCCACCUUUACUGCACAGCUGCCAGCGCCACAGCCCCUGGCCUCAUCUGCAGGCCACAGCACAGCCAGUGGGCAAGGCGACAAAAAGCCUUAUGAGUGCACUCUCUGCAACAAGACUUUCACAGCCAAACAGAAUUACGUCAAGCACAUGUUCGUACAUACAGGUGAGAAGCCCCACCAGUGCAGCAUCUGUUGGCGCUCCUUCUCUUUGAAGGAUUAUCUUAUCAAGCACAUGGUGACGCACACAGGAGUGAGAGCGUACCAAUGUAGCAUCUGCAACAAGCGCUUCACCCAGAAGAGUUCCCUCAAUGUGCACAUGCGCCUACACCGCGGGGAGAAGUCCUAUGAGUGCUACAUCUGCAAAAAGAAGUUCUCCCACAAGACCCUGCUGGAGCGACACGUGGCCCUGCACAGUGCCAGCAACGGGACCCCUCCCGCAGGCACGCCCCCAGGAGCCCGAGCGGGUCCACCAGGCGUGGUGGCCUGCACAGAGGGGACCACUUACGUGUGCUCCGUCUGCCCAGCAAAGUUUGACCAAAUCGAGCAGUUCAACGACCACAUGAGGAUGCAUGUGUCUGACGGAUAAGUAGUACCUUUCUCUCUUUCUUAUGAACCAAACAAAACAACAACAAAAGAAAUAAACAAGCAAACAAACAAACAAACAAAAGCUAUGGCACUAGAAUUUAAGAAAUGUUUUGAUUUCAUUUUUACUUUCUGUUUUUGUUUUUGUUCCGUUUCAUUUUGUACUACAUGAAGAACUGUUUUUUGCCUGCUGGUACAUUACAUUUCCGGGGGCUCGGGUAGAAAAUACUUUUCCCAGUCUCCCUUGGAUGGUGGCCUUAAGGCCUGGUAGUGCUUCAGGAGGUCCACUGGUUGGAUCUCUAGCUACUGGCCUCUAAAUACAACCCUUCUUUACAAAAACAAAAAACAAACAAACAAAAAAAACAGAAACAAGACAAAAACAAAACAAAAAAAGCAAAAAAUCACACACACACACAAAAAAAAAACAAACAAAAAAAUCUUUUAAAAAAGUUUUAAAAAAAUGUUUAAAAAAAAAGAAAAAUUGUUUUUCCACUCGUGAAGAGCACUACAAAAUUUCUUAUGAGCUGUAAAGGCCUGCUGUCUUUAAGUACACCGCUCACAGUGUUUCAGUGGACAUUUCACUAUUCUGGCCACUUGGACUUCACAGUAAGCAGUUUAAACUGUGGAAUGUCACUUCUGGUUGAAAACCCAGAUGAAAGGCCCUGCUGUUUCCACCUACCACGUUGUCUGAUCUCAUUAAAGGGCUCUGGGAUGGGAGGGGCCGGUGAGCCCAGUGGUGUCGGAAAGGCGGUGUGGCAGGCUUCUCCCCCAGGUCGACCUGGUCCACACACCCUGGCCCACCUCCUCCACAUCCCUGCCCCUUUCAGCAGAAGCCAGGAAGACUUGGACAAGCAACAAGCAACAGUGGCUAUCGUAUUUAUUCAGUGUCUUGGCUGAGCCUCAGCCUCAGCACAAUCAAGAGGGACUUUCAUGAAAGGCAGGAAUGCAGAUAAAAACAAAGAUUACAGAUUUGCACCUAUGUUUCUAGGUACAAGAGAAGGAUUAUUUCCAACAAUCUUUGCAAAAAAAAAAGUGUCAGGAUAUAUUCUUGUGGAAGAGAAAAAGAAAGAGAAAUGGAGGGUGGGGGGAACAGUAAAAAGUUCUUGAGGCUUUUUUAAUUCAAAAAUUUAUAGAGGGGCAAAAGUGAUGUUUACCAGAUAGAAUGCUGAUUUUUUUAAUAUAUUUACAACAGUAUUUGUGUAAAAAAAAAAACAAAAAAGUGAGAUUGUUAAAAGUGAUUUUUUUCUCAUUUUGGUUUUGCAUACACUGCCACCGCUCUCUUUUACUUUGUCUCACACAUAUAUAUAUUUUUUGCUAAGUCAAGACUGUUAAGGUUAGCGAUACUGCUUCCAGAUAGAAAGAAUAAAAGGCAACUAAAGUUAUAUUUGAAAGAGAGGAAGGAUAUUUUCUUCAUAUUUUUUUCUUAAUUUUUAUUAUUUUAAAGUAUUGCCUGGGUUGUUGAGGGUCUCCAAGACCCGCCCACCCUGCUGUAAUUUCAACUGCUGCUCUGUUUUUUGAUGCGUAGAUCUUUGACUUCUAGCAAGCUUAAGUGGCUCCACUGAAUAGUUAUCACCCAUCCAUCUAGAAUUCUGUCCUUUGUCAAGGGAGGGAUGUGCUCUUUUAGAAACAGAUUUCUUACUUCUCCAAAAUCUCACUGAGCUCUUAGGAUUCUAGAGUUUCCAUUAACCUUGCUUUUUUUUUUUUUUUUUUUUUUUUUUUUGCCUCUGGUGAAACACUAGUGGUCUAGAGAUCUUGCCACAGGGAUUCGUUUCCUUUGUCCACCAGGAGAAGGAGUCCACAUGCCUCUACCCUGCCUCCUCAUCCUCUCCACUGUAUGAGCAUCGCUAUGAGAAGCCUGUUACAAACCACAGUUCUUCCUUUCACAGCCCCUGCCUCUUUCCACCAUGGCUGACAGGGCUGAGUAGGAUGAGCAUUCUUCAGUUGAUUAUUGACUCUUGCUUUUUUGGAAAUUAACAGUUUCUCUGUGCUAACAUCCAGCUUUCAAAAGGCCAUGAAUCUCCGGCAUUAUCCCAGAUGCUGCUCUUUCUAGUUGGGAUUUCUCUCUUUGGUCUUGAUCAAGAAUUCAUAAGACUUUUCCAAUUACAUACAGUGUCCUGAAGGGAUUCCAGCUAAAAAAAAAUAGGACUUUUUAAACCUAGCUAAUACUCACUAAGUACUUUCAUGACUGGCCAUGUUUUAGCACACUUAAAAGGAAAAGUAACUAUUCCAAUAACACAGAGACACAAAACUACAUUUAAAAAAAAAAAUAAAGAAGAGAUUUUCUUUUCUAAAUUGCUCUACAUUUUAAUUCAAUUUUCCCCCUAAUUUUCCUGUUAACAUUUUAUUUAAAAAAAAAAAAAUGCAGCAAAUGAGGGAAAAUUUUCUAAGGCAAGCAACUCUAUAAUGACUAAAUUGGUUUUAUUCAUAUAUUUUAGACAAUUGGUUAACUUGGAUCCUUUCCAUAAGUUCUUUGUGAUGUUUAGUAGUUUGUACAACUGGAGUAUUUGUGGCGUUGAAGUUGGUCUUAUGGUGCUUAAUUCAGUGGAUGUUUUGCUAGAAGUUGUAGUGUGGAUUUGGAUGGGUAGCUGACUACUGAGUGUCACUUAUCGUGAUUUCUAAGAAGGGGACACCCAAAAAACUUGUGUGACCUGUUUUAAAAGUUAGCUUCAGAAAUGCAGAAGUUCUCCUUACCCUACCCCCUCCUAUUUUUGCUGUUGUUAAUAUUGGAAGUCAGGAGUGAGUUAAUGUUUCUUUACCACCAAUAGAGGGAGCAUUAAGUAAUGAUGUCAUGGAAUCAUUUGGAUAGUUCAAAAAAUGAAUCUCAUUGUGCCCAUCAGGAAAAAACCAAAAACUGAUGCUGUGAUUUUUUUUUCUUAAUCUGGAGGAAAAAAGACAUGAAAUCAUUUAUCAUAUAAAGCAAGGAAAAGAAAGCAGAGGUCCAGCUUUAGAUAUCUUCACUGUUGAUGGGAGCACAUUGAAAGUAGUGUCUCUGGUCAAACCUCAGUAUAGUCAAAACUCAGACUGUUCCUAGGAAAACUUACCUCGAGUGCCAUUAGGUUACACUUCCAUCUGCUUACGACAUCAGAAAGAAUUCCAUUGAUCUUAAUGCUGUGUGCCACUGUCAAAAAAAGCUAAGCAACUGGGUUAAAAAUCCAACAUUUGUUGUGGAGCAUGUAAAACAAAAAAGGGGACAACACCAGGUGACUUGAAACUCUGAGACAUAAUCCUGUCCCUAUAAAGAGAAUAUCUCCUUUUAAAAUGUGUGGGAAGAUCCCUGAGGAAUUCUUGGUCAGGUCCUACUGUACAGGCUCAUUCCUACUGUUUUUACCCCAGACAUCUCCCAACCUAGAACUGAAGGACACUCCAUUGGCAUCAGAGCUCUAAAGCAAAGAAGCUUCUAUAGUGCUGGUGCUGUAUACCUGGCCUCUCAACGGCUGUUUUCCAACUGCAGUACAUUGUAGAAGAUAAGCCAGCCCGCACCUACGUCAAAAAGUUACGGGUGCUUCCGGGAUUGUUCUGCCCAUGCACACUCGCUGUUUCACAAUCACAAAUAAGAAAGAGAAGGUGAGAAAGAUUGCUGUAUUUUGGUUUUCAGUCCUACAGUUUUCAUAAUGGGAUGCUAUCAGUUCUUUUAAAACUAGAAAACAGACAAAAAUAAAGGUCCUUUUAGUAUUCAGGGACACUUGCACACAUGCACACACGCUCACACAUGAUAGAAGCAGGUGUUCCAGGCAAAAGACCUCUUGAGAAGUUUAGGGAACAAGAGCUGCAAAUUUGGUAUGCAAAAGAAUAUUAGUGUGUGUGUGUGUGUGUGUGUGUGUGUGUGUGUGUGUACACAUAUAUACAUAUAUGUGCAUAUAUAUAUAUAUUUUAUCAAUCUGUGAUUUUAACAAGGAAUUUGUUAAAUACAAAAACAAAAUAGUACCAGCAUUUGUACAAAAAAAGAGCCCCUAACUGUGUAAAAUAUAUCCUCCAAAAGACAGUAAUUUGAACUAAUGGAUAUGAUUCAGCUCUACAAUAAAAAGCAAAAUCAAAUAACCAAGAAACAACCACACACACACACACAGUAAUCCUAGAUGAGAAUCUUUAUAGAAGUGUUUUCACUGUUGUGAACUGACCUUCCUGUGGACUCCCCCGUCCCGGGUCUUUCUGCCAGGAGGUAGGGUGGUAAGUAAUCCUGACUCAUGUUCCAGAUGCCGCCUCUCCCCUCUACGCUAUCUAGAGGUCACAGUAGCUGGUGGCUUUAGGAAGACUUGGGCUUGCCUUCUUUCUCUUUAAGUAAGAGACACUUUAUUGUGUAUCAUAAUAUCAUGUAAGGACCAAGAAAACUCUUCUCAGUCCAUGAGCAGAGAGAGUCUGUGUGUCUGAAACUAGAGAGCAAGAGUUUCCUCUGGCCGUGCCUGUUUCCCAUCAGUCUCCCUGUCACGAUCUAUGUGUGCUUCCAUUUCACACACCAUCCACCAUCAUAUGGCCUGCUCAUGCCCCAAAGCACUGUUUUCUUUCUGAAGUUAAACCGGAAGUGUGUGCCUCAUCAAAGCCCUCAGGUCCCCAGGAAAAAACAGGAAAGUUCCUUGUUGUAAUCCUCCAAGAUACCCCCAACACUGUUGUCCUGAGGAAUGAUGGCAGGGAGGUGGACCUGGCAAGGAUGCAUAGCAGAUAAGGCCCAUUCUGAGCCUUCCCCGAUGUUGCAGAGGGAGGUGUUUUGAUUAGUUAGGGCUAAUGAGAGGUAUGAGAGGUAUGUGGUCUACAGAAGAUCACAUCAGGCCGGUACUGCCCUGACAAGUGGGCAGCUGCAGCUAAGGGAACAAAAAGGUGUAGCCCAGGAACAGACAGGGGAUGCCCUGGGGAGAGAAGAGAACAUAGAGGGUGGGUGCCCUUUCUGCUGUGACUUGCCUCUUAAAAGAAACCCUCUAAAAAGGAUUCUUUAAUUUAGUAAUGAGUUGAAGUCCAGGGUAAUGGAAGCUCUGGGGAAGAGAACAAAAGAAUUGUGAAAUGUAUUCAGUACCCAACAAUACCAAACCAGAAAGCAUCCAAUCACAAAGCUAGGAAGUUUGGCAAGAGGUACUUAGGGAAACCUCCAACCUUUUCCAUGGGUAGGGUCCGCAGACUUUCUUUUGAGUGAUUUCUGGCUCAGAGAAACCUCUUUACUCACUAGAAAAGAACUUUAUUUAAAUGGCCAAUUUCGUCCCCCAGGAGGGGAGAAAGAAUUUUUUUUUUAAAAAAAGACAGAAAAGAAAAAUAGGACACUAAAGACAGAACCAUGUGAGUUGGUGACAAACAAAAGAAAAGGGGACACUAGAAUUUCAAUAGACUCCCCAUUGGAUAGAUAAUAAUAAUUAAAAAAAAAAAAAAAAAACCCUACCCAAGGCCUCCUUGCUCCAGACUCCCAGUCUUCUGGGAGGGGCAGUGCUUGAGCUGACCCAGCUGCUAGCUUUCUGGAGCUGGACAUAAAACUUCCCAACUGGGACCCUGGCAACUUUCAUUCUGCAUUUUCAUAAAGAAAGGAGACUGCCCUCUUAAGUGCCCUGGAAAUAGGUGGUGGCAUGGGGCAAACUUUGAAAAGCAACCCCUGCACUGGUGCUCAGGAUGCCCAAGAAGCUCGUGAAAAUACUUAAAUAUUCCCAAGGGCUUUGUGUGCAGUUAUCAUUUCCAAUACAUCUUAAACAUCCACAUGAGGCCGACUGUGUUCCUGUAAAACUGCACAAUUACUAACCCAAAGCACCAUCAUUUCUAGUCCUGGGUAGCAAGAUGAUCAACCCAAGCAAUAUAGCCCAAGGAGUUCUUUAAGUUUCUCAAGAUGCUUAUCUGUUUGAACACUGAAUCCACAGCAGGAAGUGAUGAGCAUCACUGGGGCCCGGAGUGCCGUGGGGGCUGUAGAGUGCUGCUGGGGCUUUAGAGCUGGUCUCCAUUCUCUCUAAGGUGAAGAGGCAAAGUGAAGGCUUGAAGGGCACAAGAUUUUUUUUUCAGAACUGUAUGUCUCCUCCCCACGGAAGGAAGACUAAAAAGGCCCAGAGUCUUAACAUAUGGCUUACUAACAGCUGCCCUUCUCCUAGAGUUUCUUCAGGCCCCAUCUAUGCUCCACAGAUUACUGGCAUAACCCCAGCUAAGGAACUUUCACAAGAAACCAUUACAUUGUACGAUUAUUGCCUUAAGUUAGAAGCCCUGAAGGAAAGCAGACAAUACACACACACACACACAAAAUGAAAGGCUGCGAAGAUAGGGACAUUUCUUGGUUUGUAAUGGAUUCAUAAUCACAAAAAUAAGCUCUAUUCAGUCUGAGCUCUAUGGAACCAGUGACUUCCUGGGAGGCACCAAACUUGUAGGGGGACCAGCUGCUUUCAGGAAGCAGCUAUUUCCUGUCUGUUCUGUUUCAUUGGUAAGUCGAGGCUGAAUGUAAAAUAACCAUGUUGCUAAGUAGCAAGUCCUGUUAAACAUAAUCACAGGUGCCUGGAUGGCUCUUAAAUGUCUCCUUAACAGGGAUCCCAAUCCCAAAAUACAGCUUUCUCUUUCUACAGAGACUGUAUCGCUACAGACUGCACUCUGUCUCACCUCAGUUUUGAGGUGCAUUUGGUUUGUCUUGUGAGCUUUUGUUUAAAUUCAAAAUCAAAACUUUCACAUCUUUAGUGAAGAGGCAUAAUCUACAGAUCAUAGACAAACUCUAGCCCUAGUCAUGAAAUCCUAGCUUGAGCAAUGCCUGAAAACAGUCCAAGUCUCUCCUUGGAUCUCUUUCAGACUGAGAAGUUUCUUGAUUCAGAGUGCUUACAUGAUCCUGAUACUCCUAAGGCACAGAGAAAAAGAACCCCACAAGAGACAUCUGUUUCUACUGCUGUUGCGACAGUUGUUAUAGCCCAAAGCAUAACUGUCAUUUACACACAGAUGCUAAUAACAAAAGUGGCUUAACCCAUCCAGUUUGUCACAGCUGCUGUCCAGAAUGUCUAUCUGUGGUGCACCUUAUCCAUGUGCACACAUGGUGUGAGGUGCUUGUACCACAAAACUUCAUUCGUAUUCUCCAGUGACAGCAGCAUACACUUGAGAAUUUCCAGCUAGAGUCAAAGGCCUGACACCAUGCAUAUCCCUGCUUUCUGCUUUGUUACCUUGGUUGGGUGUGUCGAGAUCUGUGAUGAGGCUUUACAGCAUUCAGAAGUAGCCCAACCAUCAGUAGUUUGUGUAUAGACCCUCAAGGAAAAACUUGAACAAAUGCUACACUUCUGUGGAUUUACUGGUGAAUUUUGUGUGUGUGUGUGUGUGUGUGUAUAUGCACAUGUGUGUGCACAUGACCCUGCAGAUUUGUAUGUUUGUGUAUAUUUAUGUUGUCUGAGUGUGUGUGCAUCUCUCAAAUGAAGCACAAAGGCAGAGUUCCUGGUGCGUAGAUACAGUUGCCUCUUCUACCAUUGUGCUCAGACUCAUGGCUUUCUUCCCAGGAAGCAGUCACCUGCCCACUCUGUUGCUUUUUGUAGCAUUUCAGAGUUGGGAGAAACAAAGGCAGCUUGUUGGCUCCACAGCAAACCCACAGGGACAGGCUGUUUUCCUCCAGAAGCGGGUGGAGUACACACACUCAACCAGAAGCAGACCAGAGGGAGCCAUCCAGUGCACCUCACAGGACUCCCAGAGGAGGUACCUAGCCAGGCAGGUGACACCCAAACAUCCCAGGAGUAAGCCGGAGCUCAAAGACUAUCCCUGUCCUCUCUGGAACCUUCCAGGCUUUAGAGAAGGAACAUAGUCUACACAUCCUAGAGAAAUCUAGCCCCAGGCAUGAAGUCCUAGCUCCCAGCACAUGCUCACACACAGGAACCACAUGGGAGUUCUACUCCCAAACUGAAGCUCCCUGAUGCUGCCUGCACCUAUAGAAUAUCACCACCAUUCACAAGCUGUAUCUCCUGAAACCAGUGUGGCCUUCACCCAAGUCUUUCCAGGAAUGGGUUGUUUACCAUGUCUAGCAAACCAAUAAGACUAUUAGGGAGUAUCUUGAGGGUAAUCUAUAAGAAUCAGUGGCUGUUGCCCAUGUCAGACAUUAAAGUAGAAUGCUACUCUAGCAUAGUAUACUGAAUGACUGGACUUAGCUUUCAUAAGUUACUCUUGAUGCCUUGGUGACCUGAAAACAGUUGGAUUUAGUGUUUUCAUUCCCAUGCCUCUCUUUUACUAGACAGUUUCUUUCCUCCCUCCCUCCCUCCUUCCCUCCCUUUCUUCCUUUCAAUACGUAGAUUAUUUCUGCUUUACAGAAUUCAGAGGACUUUUCGUUCCUCUUGUGUUUUAGUGACAUUUUCCCUUCCCCCAUGCAGUAAGGUUACUUACCAUUGCAACUAUUGUUUUUGUUGUUUAUUAUUUUUAAAAUGUAUAUUGUCUUUCUGUAUCCAAGAGAAGUCUGUGACCGUAACCACAGGAAUUUCUUUUUACUGGAAAAGAGUUCAUUUCUUGUUUUUUGUUUUUAUUGUUUUAAUUAGCAGUACUAGUGACUUUGUGGAAGACUAUGGUUGCUAUUUAGGUAAGCUUACUUAAGUACAAUACACUACAUUGCAGUGUUUCUGAAACUUAGAACACACAUUAUAUAUAACAGCUCUAUACUGAAAUAUAUUACAUUAUAUUCAUUUUAACUUUGAAUCUGCCAUAUGAUCAUCAGUUGAUUGAAAUAUUAUUUCUUCACAUAUAUCCCAUCACCACCUGCUGCAGUUAAUCUGGUGCAUUUAAUGACCAUUGUUGCUCUCAUUUGCCUUUUACAUUAUCAGCUUCAGUAUUGUCUUUAUGAGAUUUUAGAACUUUUUUUUUUUAAGCUCAGACAUAGCACAUGUAGUAAAGUGAAAAUUGUUUAAACUUCUUUAAAACUUAUUUUGCUGUGGCUAAUACCAAGAAGUUCAUAUUCCACAUGACCUUGUUUAGCUGAUGCUGUUAACAUCUGAAGAACAACAGAAGUGCAUAUGAACAUAUCUGUGAUCUUCCCAUAUAGGACUGCCAUCAUCUGUAUUUGCUUCAAAAGAAUAUAACCAAGGAGCUGCUUGUCUGUCACACAGUCUGACCAACCGUAAUAAGCUGCAUUUCCAAAGGGCUGCUUUGGUGGGAAGCAAAGACAGGGAAAUGCCUUGCUGUCCCAACUGUGUCUUCAAACAUUAGUUCUCAGUAUUGAUCCUACAGGGCCUGCUCUCUCUCUCCACCAUGCUUGCCGUUGUUUUCAUUAGUCUUCAGCAUUUCCCUAGAGGCAUCUUGGCAAUAAUACACUGUUGAUUUUCCCCAAGAGAUUUGUUUUAAAGUAAAACCACAUUUCUGGGAGCUUUUUAUUCACAGAACUCAGAAACACACAUGACAUCGUCAGCCUUUGGAAUCUGUAAGUCUCUAGGUUACCUGGUCCCCAGCAUCUCUACUUGCUUUCUUUAGUCAGGACACCCAUGGUGCAUUCAGAGAGCAGAUCAUCUUCCAACAGAAGCCCUUGUAGGUGGUUUUUAAAGGAACUUUCUUCAGCUGCCCCAGCUCUUCUACUGCAAGCCUGGAAAUCAGAAUCAAGCCAGCUGAACCCUGUCUCAUUCUCCACAUUCUAUAUUCAGGACCAAACGACGACAGCUUUUCAUAAAACUCAAUAGGAACUCCCCCUCCCCCAUGAUGGACCAAUAUUUAGGCUUCUCAGUGUGAACAUACCACUUCCUCCUUCAAUCUUCCCUUGCCAAUCAUUAUCUUCCAGUCUCAUCGCGUUCUGCCGUGCCUAUCCAGUAUAUCCCUUCCCCUCAACCCAUCCAAACUCUCCUCAGCAUCCUCCACUUGUAAAGACUGACAUUCAUUAAGGAACUUUCCAUUCUUAGUCUCCUUUGAUGAUUCUAGAGUCUAGUAGGAAACUACUCAUGUAGCAUCGGUUCUCAAUGAAAGACAUGUCAGAGGGAAAGCAGGAGUGGGAACUGCGUGGAAGUAAGGCUGUCCCUUUGGUGAUUAGGUACAGGUAGAUUGUCUCGACUCCAGUAUUCUUGCUUUCUUACCAAAAAUUUUCUCAUUUCUUCUUUCUUUUUAAAGGUAACUAUGUGCUACCCAAUCACCUCUUCACUCCCCAACCCUGACAAUCCUACAUUAUGACCUCUAACUGUUCAUGAAUUUCUCCUACCACUCUUCUUAGCAUCUUUCUUUAAAUGAGGUCAUAAACUUGAGACUCAUAGGCAGAAUAAAGCAUGUCUUCGUUUCAGCUGCAGAUUUUAAAGGUUGUCAGUAUCUGAGAGUAGGAGGACCUGAGUCAGAGUUUUAAAUGUCAACUGUACUAGCUGAGAUCAUUAAUUCCUCUCACCUUUACAUUAAACCAAAGAUAAGUAUUUUCUUUCCAUUUUUUAAUAUCACAGUUUUCAGAUUCUUGAUUUGAGUAACAAUUUCUGAGGGAGGGAAAAAAAAAACCCUCCCUUGUUGAUUACUUCUGCUUGUGCUAAUAUUUAGCUAAUGACAUGUUUGGCAGAUACUAGAUUUACAGGAAUCUGAAGAAAGGGAUACCAUUUCAAAAUAACUUUGGUAGCUAUUCAAGCCAAAAGCCACUUUCACUCAAACACACUAUAAGAAAAGUUUGAGAGAGUUUCUUCAUGUAUUACACUUUGAAAAGCCAAAUAUUUGUUGAUCUGAAACUUUGAGGGAUAAUUUAUUACAGAAUAAAAGCAUCUAUGAAGUUUAUCUAAUGCCUGUUUUAUAACAGAAAUUGAUAUAAACCUAAUAAGUGUUAAAAAAAACAAGAACAAGACUAAAUGGAUACUAUAUUAAAUUAUAAGUACAGUACUCAGUUUAUAAAUGCAUACUAUGUUAUUUGGCCAUAAUUCUAGGGUUCAUUCCAUUCAUAGCUGUCUGGUCUGCAGAACACUGGUGAAGAAGACGUUGUUGGUAUCUCCCUUUGGGGAUACUUGCAAUGCCAUUUCACAGUGACCCUUUAGCACAAUGCCCUGACUGGCUGUGUUGCCACAUUGCCUCUCUGCUCAUAUAAAAAUGGAGAGUCUAAGACACAAUUUGGAGUACACAGGCACUCACUUCUUGCUCCUUGACACUCAGAAUCCACACUUCAUAUGGAAAAAAUGUAUUGUUGCUUGACUUGAGGCUUGAUCCAGACUUUGACUUAAACCAAUUUAUAGCAUCAGUUCCCACAGAGAGCAAUGAGAUAAGUGUCAGAUUCAGAAGCCUUCCUGAGGUAGGCAUCUAGCAGGAAGCCAUCAUGUCUUAGGCCAAUGUUGGAAUCGUUGAAGACUGACUUUUCCUUCCUAUCUCCUCCCACUGAGGUUUACCCUCUCUUCUUUCUUUUUCCAUUUGGGCUCCUGUCAUCUCUUUUGAAGGUAUUCUGUAUCUGAAGCUAUCUUGUCCACUGGCAUUGUCUUCUGAAGACAUAGAAGACUCUUCCAAAUCACCAAACACUAUCAUCUCAAGUACAGUAUGGAAUGGGAGAGAGCUGGCUCAGGAAGAUCUCUGUUGGUCCAGUUGAUCCAGGCUGCCUUCUUGCCAUUGUUCCUUCAAGCUCUCAAAUCAAUCCAACCCCAAGACCCAGAAUGUCUCACCACAACCUCUUAAGUCACAGAUGAAUGUCUAAAUCCUGUUUAAUAUUCUAGAGGCUCAAGGGUGUGAAUUCUUACUGCUCAUGAGCCUCCUGUUUUUGCAAGCCGACACCUGUCAAGAGCACCAACAGCCCGAACAGUAACAAAUGCAGCAACAAUAAUGGUCAGAAACACUAUAGUAUAUAUUUGAGAGAUUAGGAAGUGAUUUUUUUUUCUUCUUUUAUCCAUUAAAAAAAAAAAAAGGCGUGCAUACCCUCUCCCCAACACAUUUCAGAAAACCUGCAUCUCAUUUUACAGUUAGAUAGUUUUAGUUUUUGUGAAUAUAGAUUAGGAAAUGUUCUGGAAUUGAAGCUGGUAGCAAACAAGUUUAUUUUCUGCACUGGACAUUAGAACAUGUGUGCAUGGAUACAAUUCCUUCAAAGAAAGUGAAACAUGGCAAAGCAAAGGGACAAUACUUUCACACAUUAAAACAGUUGUCUGCUAUCUGUAAACCUUGAUUUAAGCAUAAUUAUAACUUCAUAGAAAUCUGAAACUGGAGGAAUGUGUAUUUUAUAGUUUGUUUGUUGAUUUAUUUUCUUUUAUGCCUUUCUUCUCAAGCUAAGGAAAUAUUUUGAUUCUCUGAUUUGAUGCUGUCCCCGUACCCCAGAGUAGUCUUCUGCCCCUUAGAAAAGCCUUUUAGUCUCCCAUCAAGGGGUCCUUUUUCAUGGAAGUCUUAUCUUCCUUUUCUGUCACUUAGAGCUUUGAGAAGGAAAUAAUCUCUGCACUUUGGGGAUGGAAGAGUUAAAACAGAAUAGAGUCCUUGGAGGAAAUACUAUCUUUACCUAAACUGACAGGUCUGGGGCCAAAGAGUGGAGCAGACCACUGAUGAAAACUAUUGAUCUUAUACUUCAGAUCAUCAUGGCCUCCUCAAAUCCAUUUUGGAAUAAAGCUGGGGACAAAUUUAUUUUCUUUUAUGUGGAUGUUUCUUGUGAGUAUCUAGUACAGAAUUCCCAGAAAGGAAAAAGAAAAAGCAUUAAUAAAAUACUCACGUCAUUUGAUCUACCCACUUUCACAGGAGUAGGGACUUCAAGCUCUCUAUGGUCCUAAGGUCUUAAACAUGGCAACAUCCACUUCCACCUCAAUCCUAGGGCCCUUCCCUGGCACUCAGAUGGUAGUAAGUAGGAAAUCUCCAGGCUGCCAGCAUUCACCUAUCCAUGCCUAGCAUCACAAAAGAGGAAAGCACCAAAUUAACACUGAGAAAGGGGUCGUAGUCCCUUGUCAAAGCAUGCUCUGACAGCUCAGCUUAGCUUACAGAUAGCUUGGCAACCUUUUUAUAACCUGGCUUUUAUACUAUAAUUUACAUUUUUGGCUCAAAUUUGGGAAAUAAAUGCAAUUCCAGUUAAGGGAACAGAAGGGAAGUGGGGUAAGGGGAUGGCAUAAGUUAGUGGACCCAAAUAGAAUUCAAUUAUAAAAUCCUAAAACCCAUUCUCCGGGUUACCAAAGAAUGAUCUCACUGGUCCUGUCAGGGUUCCUCGUCUCUCUGUGUGAUGGGUCUGAGAAUUAAUACAACUCUACUCCUCUGUGAUUCAUGGCUUCUGUCCAUCUAUCAUGACUAUCUGAAGAGGUUAUAGAAAUCCUUGGCCACUCUGCAUCUCAUCUGCCCUCCAGGACACAUGUGAUGUAUGCAUCCAGAUGACCAAAAACAGCCUAGGCCUUUGAUAAGGUUUUGCGGUAGUAUGAAGUGCUUCAGCUCAAGGUAGGGAACCUUUAAAAACAAAGCUAGCUAUUUUACUCUUUGCUCUUCAUGGAACACAUCUUGGCUUGAAGUCAGCAAGAGAGUUAGGAGAAAGUUCCCAAAGAUGCUUGAGCAGUUAAAUGUCAUCCUUGCUCCCAUUGACUUAGACUUCAGGUUUCGAGAGGAGCCUAUUGAAGUAUAUACAUUAAGGAUAACUUGCUUAGGCAUAUCUAAUUAAGAUUCAUCUUUGCACCAUUGUUGAAAGAACUGUGGUUAUCAUAGUAGAUGAAUGCCGAGUUUCUCAGAAAUCCACACCCAUCACAGCAAACAGGUAAGACGCUGAUGACAGAGAACGUCUACAAUUGCUUUGUUUUAAAAAGCCCCAAGAUGCCAAACAUACUUGUUUCUUUCUAUUCUCCUCAGACUCCAGCAUGUGAAUGUGGGUGUGAGCAGUCAGGCAGAUUCACAGGUGCAGAGGGAGGGUUCAGAGGUGCUGAAGGACAGCCUCUGGAGGGUCACCACAUACCAAGUGCUUCUCCAGAAUCACUCAAGUGAUUACCCGCAGUAAGAAGUCCAUAAGAAAGCCCACUGCAGAUGUUUUCUUUUUAACAAAUAGUACAAGAAGAGGAUAGGAUGCAGAAUCUGCAUCCUAGUAUAGUAAUUCACUUUGUAUUUAAUAGUUCUGCCUUUUUGCAUGGAGUUAUUUGUGCCAAUUUUAAAGCCUAUCAUUCUGAGAGAGGCCUUGGCAAAUCUGUAUCUCUGUAGCCAGGCAAACCAACCAACCAACCAAACAA